AUGGAAGCAGGUUUAUUGUUCUACCAAGGGAAUAUUGUAGUUCUGGACAUAGGGUCCCUACAAACGGACCUAUUAUGCAUCUACCAUGACAGCCCCCUUGCAGGGCACCCUGGGAGGCAACAGACCCUGGAAUUGAUCAUGUGCGCCUACUACUGGCCAGGCAUCUGUGCUGACACAUAUUGGCAUGUGGACUCUUGCAAGACUUGCCAAUGGAUCCAGAAACCAAAGUACUUGUCAAUACCCCUGCAACCCCUUGAGCUUCCCACCAGACCCUGGCAACAUAUAUCUUACAACAUGAUCAUGGACUUGCCCAAGGAUGGGAACAACAACUCAAUCCUAGUCAUUGUGGACAGCUUCACCAAGUAUGUUGUCUUGGUGGAAUGCUCCAAGAAGCUCAAAGCUCUGGCAUUGGCAGAUCUGUUCCUACAGCAUAUAUGGAAACGCUAUGGUAUGCCUGAAAAAACUGUCUCAGACCAUGGAAGGGUCUUCAACAACAAGUUCCUUAAGGCAUUGUACCAGCGCCUGGGAAUAGACCCACACUUCUCUUUGGCAUAUCACCCACAAAGUGAUGGUCAAACAGAACAAGUGAACCCCACCAUUGAACACUUCUUAUGGGCUUACUCAGGGAUCAAUCAGAAAGACUGGGUCAAGUGGCUGCCCAUGGCGGAAUUUGCUUUACAUAGCAGCACUGGCAGAUCCCCAUUCAAGGCACUAUAUGGAUGGGAACCUUCCCUAACCCCAAGUAAUGUCCCAACAGAUGUCCCUGAAGCAGACAAUAUGGCCACACAAAUGGAAGAACAAUGGCAAGAAAUCAAAGCAGCUCUCCAGCAAUCCAAGACACACAUGAUAGCCAGAGAAACAGGAGAACCACUGGAAUUCAAAGUUGGAGAAGAGGCCUGGUUAGACGCAAAAAAUGUAAAACUGAAGACCCUGAGUCCCAAAUUAACCAAGCAAUGCCUAGGCCCCUUCAAAAUAACCAAAAGAAUCUCCAAUAGGGUGUACUGCUUGGAACUUCUGCCAUCCAUGAGAAUCCACAAUGUCUUCUAUGUGGGGCUUCUGUCUAAAGUCAAAAGGGACAAGAAGUGCACCUUUGAAAAUUGCCCACCACCAGUCACCGUGGAUGGAGAAGAAGAAUACAAAGUUGAAGGUAUAACAGACGCCAAGGAGCGUAACAGAAAAUGGUGGUUCAGGGUCAAAUGGAAGGGUUACAGGUCAGAAGAGAACACAUGGGAACCCUGGGAUAACCUAAAAAAUGCGGAAAAAAUCUUAAAAAAGUACAAAGAGGAGAUGAAGAAGAAGGCCCUUAGAGGGGGGGCAGUGUUGUAG